AUGGCUCUUCGUAUUGCACCCGAAUCACACCCAGAGAAAGCUAUCAGUACCUUGAGUACUACUCAUUCAGAAUUCGGUGGCCAUGAUACAUUACGUUAUGGUACUCGUUCGAUCAAGACUGAGGUCUUGCCCGGUCAUCCUCUCGAAAGCAGAUUAAACCAAUGGGAUGAAACACAAUGGGAGUUGAAACUGAAUUUGGCGCGUCAAGCUUAUGGUAUGCAUGCACCUGUAAAGAUGAUGAUGGAAAAGAGUAUAGUUGAAAAGCGUCAACGUAUGCCUGUUCUCCCCUCCUCCAACAUGCAUUUAGAUAUUCUAAUGGGAAAGGAUGAGACCAUUGAUUACGAAGAUUUCCUCAAUGAUCCUGCCAUGUCAGUCGAUUCUUUGGAUAUACAUGCAACUAUGGAACACAAAUUGAACUUGAGAGUUUAA